AUGGGAAAGGACAAGUACGAGAACGAGGAUCUUAUCAAGUUCCACGUGGACAAACUCUCCUCUGCCCACGUGUACCUGCGGCUGCACAAGGGCCAGACCAUGGAUGACAUUCCCAAGGAAGUGUUGAUAGACUGUGCCCACCUGGUGAAGGCCACAGCAUCCAAGGUGCAAGAUGAACAACGUGAGCGUCGUUUACACCCCCUGGAGCAACCUGAAAAAACCUCGGACAUGGACGUGGGACAGAUCGGAUUCCACAGGCAGAAGGACGUGAGUGAAGGUGCUGACAGUGGAGAGAAGGUGAACGAGAUCCUGAACCGGCUGGAGAAGACGAAGGUGGAGCGGUUCCCGGACCUGGCGGCCGAGCGGGAAGCGCGGGAUCGGGAGGAGCGGAACGAGAAGAAGGGCAUCAAAAGAGGGAUUUCAAACAAAAUCGGGGAUUUCCUGAGCGACCAAGCCCUGGAGAGGGAUCGGAUUUGGGAUGACGAUGGGAUUUUUCCUGGCAGGAGCUACUCCUCCCUGAUGAAGGCAGAGAACAUGUCCUCCAACCAGGAUGGCAACGACUCCGACGACUUCAUGUGA